AAUGGAUGAGAGCAGCGGCAUCUCCAUCAGCAUGGACGCCUCCCCCCGCCGCGACCGCGAGCGCGCGGCGUCUCACCCCUGCUCCCCUCGGUCCUCGCCGCCGAAUCCUUCGGCGGCGGGGGGCCGCAAGCGGCGGGCGGUGGCGAAGGGGCUGCAGAGCACGCUGUCGAAGACGUCGAUGCUGGUGAACUUCCUGCCGACGGGGACGCUGCUGACGUUCGAGAUGCUGCUGCCGUCGGCGUCGGGGGACGGGUCGUGCAGCGCGGUGAGCACGGGGAUGAUCCAGGCGCUGCUGGGGCUGUGCGCGGCGUCCUGCUUCCUGUUCCACUUCACGGACAGCUUCCGCGCGGCGGACGGGAAGGUGUACUACGGGAUCGUGACGCCGCGGGGGCUGGCGGUGUUCAAGGCCGGGGCGGGCGUGGAGGUGCCGAGGGAGGAGCGGUUCCGGAUGGGGUUCGUGGACCUGGUGCACGCGGUGAUGUCGGUGAUGGUGUUCGCGGCGAUCGCGCUGUCGGACCACCGGGUGACGAACUGCUUGUUCCCGGGGCAGAGGGCGGAGAUGGACGAGGUCAUGGAGAGCUUCCCCCUCAUGGUCGGGGUCGUCUGCAGCGCCCUCUUCCUCGUCUUCCCCAAUACGCGCUUCGGCAUUGGCUGCAUGGCCGCAUAAUAAUCUAUCAUUUCAAUGCAUUGCAUCAUUGUUAUUUCAUUAUUGUAACCGCAGAAACAUUGGAAUUUUUUUUUUUUUAAGCAUAAUUUUCGUACUGGUUUUUAUUUUUAUUCUCCUUUUUAUUUUUUUUAUUUUUUUAUUUUUUUUCAGAAGAGGUUUUCUUUUCUAAUAUCUGUGGACAUGUAUGUAACAAGAGGAGAAAGUUGAUUCUCGCGAAAAGGCUAAUGUGUGGGGCCCAAUGAUGCGCAUGCUGCGAGUUGGGUCCCCAAA